AUGUCAAGUCAACAAAGAAAUGUUAUAGGCCACGUUGAUGGUGGUAGUUCUGGAGAUGAGGACAAUUUAGCAACAGUGUCGACAUCUACAGGUCGAACAAGUGGUCAAAAAAAGCGGCAAAGAACUUCUAAGGCUUGGGAGACAUUUAAUUUUAUCCCGGGGAAUCAAUUUGAAGACAAUAUACCAAGAGCACAAUGCAAAAACUGUCCUAAGCUUUAUAUGGUUAAUAAAGGUAUUUCCAAUCUCUCUCGCCAUAGCCAUAAGUGUGUUGGAUAUGCAACUGAAGUGCCAGUGUCUAUUGUUGGAAACUCAAAACCAAUAGAUCAAACAAAAUUUAAGGAGUUGAUGGCUAUGGCUAUCAUAAAGCAUGGAUAUGAAUUUGCAAUUGUUGAGCAUGGUGGACUUCAGAAUGUGAUGGCUUACUUGAAUGAUUGUUUCAAGUCAUUUACUCGAAACACUGCUAAGUCUCAUUGUUUGAAGAUUCAUAAGAGGGAAAAGGAAAAGUUGAAAACUAUCUUGAGCGAGGUUCUUGGCAGACUUUGUUUGACUUGUGAUUUGUGGACUUCUUGUGCUACAGAAGGGUAUCUUUGUCUCACAGUUCAUUAUGUGGAUUCUGAAUGGAAGUUAAAUACUAAGAUCUUGAACUUCUGUCACAUUGCACCUCCACAUAGUGCCAGUGGCGGAUCCAGGGGGAGGCCACCCCGGGCCACGGCCCAGCCCUCCUCUGGAUCCGAAGCUAGUAUAGCCCUUAUUAGUUUAUCGGUUGUAGUCAUUCGGCCCAGUGUUAUUUUAUAA